AUGGAUAACAAUAAUUUACCUCAACCUUAUUUUCCACAAUCUAAUAAUUAUUGUGAUUGUGAUGAUAAUGAAAAUGGUAAUGAUAGUACACUAACAAUCCAACCGAAACCAAUUGCACCAUCAUUACCAUCAUCACAACAACCAUCACCAACAAUAAUAUCACAAAUUAAUCAUAAUAAAUAUCAAUUAUUUAAAGAAUUUAAAGAACAUAAUAAUAAUAUUGAUAGUAAAAUGUUAUGUGUUCAAUUAUCAGAAUUUCAAAUAUCACCAAAAACUGCGACCAAUACAUUUGAUUCAUGGUUAAAUUCACUUUGGUUACCACCAACUGGAUUUAAAAAGUUGGUUGAUAAUCAUUUAAAAAAAGUUUAUAUACCAUUUUAUUCAUAUAGAGUAAAUUAUAAUGUUGAAUUUUCAGGUUUCGUUACGUAUGAUUCAAAAUUAAAUACAAAUGCUUUAUAUGAUAAAUAUGGUAACACAAAUUCAACAUAUAAUAACAAUAACUAUUAUAAUGUUAAUAAUAAUAGUUUAAAUAAUUCAAAUAAUGCUGAUAAAAAUAAAAAAACAAUAACAUCAACAUCAGCAACAAUUUUAAAUAAAGAAAAUGUUGAAUUAUAUAAUAAUGGAAAUAACAACAAUUUAAAUAAUAAAAACUCUGAAGAUAUUUUAAAGGAUAAAUCAAUCAAAUGGAAUAAAGUUGAUGGAUAUAUAACGAGAACAAUUAAUAGAAUACUAUUAUUAGCAUGUAAUUCAAUGGAUUUGUUAUCGGAUGAAAGUAUAAUGAAUUGUAUGGUAAGCCAGCAAUUUGAUUUCAACAAUGUCAUUGAGAAAUCAUUGGACGAGUUCAACCAAUUCGCUCAAUUGGACCAAGUGGAGGUAUUGGCCCGUUAUGAACCAGACGUAGUUUGGAAACGUGAUUACUUGAACCACCUAUUAGAAACUGAGCAAUCAAUGUCAAUUGAAUACUUGAAACAACAAGAACAAUCAAAAUUUGUAAAGAAUGUUUCAUCCACUAUCCAAUUCAACGAGAAACUAUUCUCGCUUGUUUAUAUUCCAUUCUACUAUACAAAAUAUGAAUUCCAGAAUCAAUCAUUUUCAUUCUUUUUAAAUUCUCAAAAUGGUGUAAUCUCUGCAACUCGUCCAGAGAUUGGACUUGGUAAAAUUGGUGACUUUUUAAAAUACACUCAAAACUAUUUCUCAACUUUGGUUGGUAAUUUCGAACCAUUUUCAAAGUGUAAAGGUGAUGAAUUGGCAAUCAUUGAUUCUUUCAAGGUUUAUAAUACCUCAAGUUAUUUUCUUACUUUUUCAAGAUCUUCAACAAACUUUUUAGGUUCAUCCUCAAUUGGUCACCUAACAAUUAGGAACAAUAGUAAAUCAAUCACUGCAACUCUACGUGGUCAAAAAAGAAGAUCUGUUCAAAAAGGUAAUCCAUUCUCUCUCUUACCUUUACAUGAAAGAACUUUUUCUUUUAAAGGUCAUUGGUGUUUUGAAAUAAUUGAUGGUGAAGUAAAUCAAAUUGAUGUUAUUAAAAUUAAUCCUAGAGAAGGUGGUAAUAUUUAUCAAUCAAUUAAAAACUAG